GGCUAACGUCCCGCCCCCUGAGUUUCUGGGUGUUUGUUUUUCGUGGAACGGGCACAGACUUGAUCCUUUCCUGCAGAGUCACCAAAGCUCUUUUAAACCAGCAGAGAUGGCAAAGCUGAUAGAAGAUGAGGUAUUUAUGGCUUUUGCCACCUACUCAGCAAUUGUCAUUCUGAAGAUGAUGCUGAUGUCCCCCAUGACGGCAUUCUUCCGUUUGACCAGGGGGGCUUUUGCAAAUGAGGAAGACGUGGCCCUAAAGCCUGUAGAGGAGAGGAAGAAGCUGCUGAGAACUCACACCGAUGUAGAGCGAGUUCGAAGAUGUCAUCAGAACGACAUUGAGAACAUUGUUCCUUUUGUAUUGAUCGGCCUGCUUUACGCUCUCACUGGACCUGAGCUCUCAACCGCUCUGCUUCACUUCCGCGUUUUCGCCGGGUGUCGGAUCUUCCACACCAUCGCCUACAUCACCGUUCUGCCUCAACCCAGCAGAGGACUGUCCUGGGUAGUGGGAAUGCUGGUCACCUUCUCCAUGGCUUACAGGGUGCUCAGCAAAGUUUUCGUCCUUUAGAGGCAAUACUGUCCCAGAGGUUUCUGCACAAGCUCAAAUUCCUACAUGACGCCUGGUUUCUCAGCUAACACUGGCUACAGCCAUCUAUGAGCUUGAUCAUGAAACAUCAUUUGCAGUUCAUAAAUGCAUUCUCUCAAAUGAUUGUGAAUAAACUUUGACAUUAU